AUGGUGGUCUUCCACCUGGACGACCUGGAGGUGUUCUUCCCCUAUGACUACAUAUACCCGGAGCAGUAUGCCUACAUGCGUUACCUGAAGAAGACGCUGGACAGUGAGGGUCACUGCGUGCUGGAGAUGCCCACAGGUACGGGGAAGACGGUGGCCAUUUUUUCCCUCAUAACGUCGUAUCAGUAUAAGAAGAAUGACGAGGGUAAGUUUAUUUUUUGCACACGGACGGUGGCCGAGAUGGAAAAGUCGCUCAUCGAGCUGAAGAAGGUUAUUCAGUAUAGAGUGGACACGUUGCGGCGGCGUGCCCAGCAGAACGGGGGGGGAAGUAAUGUGGAUAAGGUGGAGGUGAAGGGGGACCAAACUACCGCUGAAAGCGGGAACAACGUUAGCAACGUUAACAAUGUUAAUAGCGGUAAUAGCUGCAGUAGCGAUGGUGGCUUCCCCCCAGGAGAUAUACUAGCCAUAGGAAUUAGCGCUCGGAGGUGCAUGUGCGUGAACGAACGGGUUCUACGAAAGCACGAACGUGAGAAGAUAGACGAGGAAUGCCGAAAAUUGACUGCCACCUUUGUCCGGGAGAAGAAGUACAUCAACCAGAAAAUAAACCAAUUGGGGAAUGCACAUUCGGAUAGGAUCUCCGAUUUUAUUGUAAAGAACAGACAACACAUAGAUAUAGAGGAUUAUUUCGACAUUUAUAACACGACCAACUCCCUGGAGGAGUAUAAUGACAUAGGGUUGUGUGGAUACUACGAGAAUUACAAAAAGGAGUUUCUGUUCGAGUUGAUUCAGCCAGGUGUGUACACCAUAGAGGAUCUGAAGCUAAUGUGUAAGGGGUAUAAAAAUGCAAAAAAUGAGAAUAUUCCCAUGUGUCCCUAUUUUUGCGCAAAGAAAAUUAUUGAGGUGGCCAAAGUGAUUGUGUUAAACUACCAGUACGUGAUCGACCCCAAGGUAUCCAAGUCGCUCUUCAUCGGAAGGGACAUAAAUAAAGGGGUGAAUCUACACAAGAGGGACAUUAUCGUUUUCGACGAGGCGCACAAUAUUGACAGUGUCUGCCUGGAGGCACUGAGCGUGAACAUCGACAGGAACGUCCUGAACAAGGCCACCUCAAAUAUUAGGAAGCUGCUCAGCAAAAUUGAGGCGUCCCGAAUUAUGAACGAGGAGAAGCUGCGGCAGGACUGCAACCUGAUUUUGCAGCAGCUCCGGGCGCAACGGGGCGAACAGGCCCAACGGGGGGGAGGAAAGACCGACACGGGGACAGAAGGAAAAACCGACUUGAGGGGAGAGGUCUACAUUGAUGAAGACUUAAAUUUAAUUUUCCCUGGGGGGGCAAAUCCCACUGGAGUGGAAGAGCAUGCACCAUCCGUAGGGGAUACCUCCACGGGGGAGAAACCGGCAAAGGAAGAAAGUCUAAUGGAAGGGUUGGCGAAGUUACUAGGUCAGUCGACUAGGGAGCUAAUCCCAACCGGUAAAAACGAGCAAACUACAGUUAGUAGUCUGUUCCCCGAGGAGAGCAAAGACGCCCCCACGAAUGGUAGUAAUAACGGAACAGAUGACCCAACGGAUCUGCACUACAGUCCGUUACUAAUGGAGGACAUUGUAAGAAAUGUGGUUCUCCCUGGGAAUAUCCGAAAGUCGGAACACUUUUUAAACUUGAUGAGAAUAGUUGUGAUGUACCUGAAAAAGUAUGUGAACAUAUACGAGAUAACAUCAGAAGGUCCACUGUCCUUUUUGUAUAAAUGUGAGAGAGAGACAAAACUGGACACGUCUUUUUUUAAGUUCUGUUUUGAUCGGUUGAAGUCUAUAUUGAAUGCCCUGCAAAUAGUUAAUGUGGAAGACUACUCAGCCUUAAACAUCGUGUGUAACUUUUGCACCUUGCUGGGGAGCUACUUUCAAGGGUUUAUCAUCAUAUGUGAGCCUUAUCCGGAGGCUACCGGUAUCUACGACCCGGUAAUUCAGUUCGCUUGUCUAGAUUCCUCCAUAGCAAUGAAGUCAGUGAUUAACAAAUAUAAAUCGGUUGUUCUGACAAGCGGAACAAUCACCCCGUUGGAGUUAUAUCCUAAGUUGCUAAACUUCAAGACGGUGUUGACGGCGUCCUUUCCGAUGUCCUUCGAUAGGAGUUGUGUGUGUCCCCUUAUCGUUACGAAAAGUUCUGACCUCGUACCGUUAUCUUCGCAGUUUUCUCUACGAAGUGACAUAACGGUUAUAAAAAACUACGGCAUGCUUCUAGUAGAAAUGUGCAAAACGAUACCUGAUGGGAUCGUGGCUUACUUCCCUUCGUACAUCUACAUGGAGGAGGUCAUCUCCUCUUGGUACGAACUGGGCAUCAUAACAAACAUCCUCGAUUAUAAGCUCAUAUUUAUUGAGACGAAGGAUAUCGUAUCAACAACAAUUGCUCUGCACAACUUUAAGAGGGCAUGUGACUUAGGCAAAGGAGCUGUUUUUUUAUCCAUUUGUCGUGGGAAAAUUGCCGAAGGGAUUGAUUUUGAUAAGCACUACGGGAAGUGUGUGAUCCUUUUUGGCAUCCCCUACCAGUAUACCCUCUCCAGGAUCCUAAAGGCGAGGUUAGACUUUUUAAAAGAAACAUACAACAUUCAGGAAAAUGAGUUUCUAACCUUCGACGCGAUGCGCCAGGCGUCCCAAUGUGUUGGACGUAUUAUACGAAACAAGAAGGACUAUGGGAUUAUGAUCUUUGCAGACAUUCGAUACGCACGGAACGAUAAGAAGAGCAAGCUGCCCCCCUGGAUCAUCAAAUGCAUGGACCUAUCGAACGUGAACCUCACAAUCAGCACGGCCGUAAAUAUUUCCCGCAAGUUCCUUCUAAACAUGUCUCAGGAGUACAAGGAAACGGGCCAGACCAAACUUUCGCAGGAGCUCAUUUGCAACCAGUCCAAGUGCUGGUCCUUAGUUAAGUCUGUGCUUAACAUCGACGACUUUAUAUGA